CACCUGAAAGAAGAAUGUUCUGAGUACCUACAACAAUAUUACAACAUUUUGAAACAUUAUACCUGCGGUAAAACAGAGCACGGGAAUUGUUAGAUUUGUUAGGCUGAAAUCUGUAAUAAUGCAAUGAAACCCGACAUCAAACUACAGUAAUGGGGGUGUGUUGGUGUAAAGACAAGGGUCCAGAAGAAGGUGAUGUGUACUCGCUGAGCCCCGAGCCCGAGUCCGCGUCCCCGGCCAUGUUGGAGGCGCGGCCUCGCGUCACCAAGGUUGUGGACUCCAAGCUCGUAGACCAACUUGUGUUGGAGAUGCUUGGUCUCAUAGCUUCAAUUGUAGACAACGACGAAGAAUCUCCCGUCUCUCUGGUCAAACUGCACAUGAUAGCGGACAAAGAGGAAGGAUGGAUACAGGUGGUCAAGUCCAUGGUCAGAGUGAUACCGCUCGAAGACCCUUUCGGCCCGUCUGUCAUCACCAUCCUACUGGACGACUGUCCGCUACCCUCCAAAGAUUCCGUUGUAAAGGUGACGCAAAUGCUGGGUCUGUCGUCCCAGAGGGCAGCGCAAGGUGACAUGAACGUGCGAAUUGAGCGGAACAUUUGCGUGGUUCUGGGCUGCCUGGCCGAGAAGCUGGCGGGACCCAACAGCGUCGCCGUGCUCACGCAGAACACACUCGAAUAUCUCAUCGCGUUUCUGGUGAAACGUCGUGAAGCAUGCGUGGUCCUCUUCGCAUUGUUAGCAUUAGAAAAAUUUGCCCACACGACUGAAAACAAGUUGACGAUCAACAAGUGUCUGGAGCGAGAGCGAGGGAACCCUCUGCUCGAGCUGGAGAAGUUAGCGGGGAACAAGGACCCCGUGUGGCGGCAGGUCGGGUUCUGCGCGCAGUGGGCGCUCGACAACCUGUUCCUAAUCGAAGACCGCAAGCUUUCCUACGAAGUGGUGGACAUGUCCAGCAUUAACGUGAUCCUGAACUCGCAAGACGUGAGCGAGUACUUGAAGAUCUCGUGCGACGGUCUCGAGGCGCGAUGCGACUCUUACUCGUUCGAAAGCGUACGGUGCACAUUUCAAGUCGACGAGGGCUGCUGGUACUACGAGUCCGUCGUGGUGACGCCAGGGGUCAUGCAGAUUGGCUGGGCGACCAAGAACAGCCAUUUCCUUAAUCAUGAAGGAUACGGCAUCGGAGACGACCUGUACUCACUCUCGUACGACGGCUGUAGAAAGCUCAUUUGGUACAAAGCGCGUCCCGAGCCCGUUACGGAGGUUCCCGAGUGGCGGCCCGGGGACGUCCUAGGAGCUGUAAUAGAUAUGAACACCAAGGAAGUUAUAUUCUCGCUCAACGGCCGUCGGUUGCCACCUUGUAGGGAGAUAUUUGAAACUACCAGACAAGGGUUCUUCGCCGCUGCGAGCUUCAUGGCGUUCCAACAGUGCCGCUUCAACUUCGGCCACGAACCGUUCAAGUUCCCGCCCACCGACCGGCCGUUCGCCUCCUUCAACCAGCACGGCUACUUGACUGACGAACAAAAAAAGGUUGUGCCUCGGAGGAUAUACCUGGAACAGCUCCGCUGCUCGAGCGUGAAGGAGGACUCUUGCACGCUUUGUUUCGAUGACACCGCCUGCUGUGUGCUAGAGCCUUGCGGACAUAGAGGUUUCUGCUCAGUUUGCACGUCGCAAUUGAAGGAGUGCCCGAUGUGCCGUGCGGGCAUCGUGACCGUGCGCCGCGAGGAGACAUGACAGGAGUCGCGCGACAGCGAGUCAAGUCCCAACAUCACGCUUGACGAGUCCCCCACGCCGCCCGUCGAGGCCUGCGACCUCGGAGACCAGGUCUUCGACCCGUCCGCUGAUCUCAUGUAUCGCUAGUGGAGGCACUAGGACCGUUCUUCACUUUCCACACUGCACUGGCAAUUUGUAAAACUUAUUGCAAUGACACAAGGUCACCGAUGGCCAGUUAAGUGUUACUCUCAUCUCAGUACACCAUACACUACUUUAUAGCUUUGUUCGUAGCCAACAGACAUCAUGGGAUCAUAUUGACUACUAUUCUGUGCCAAAUUGGAUAGCUAAAUCAUGUAGCAAAAUGUAUCAUAAAAAAAAUUCUUAAGGUACCGUAAAACGGUCCUACUUUGCACCAAUUUUUGCUCCAUUUUAAGGAAAUUUUGAAUAACUUUUAAACUGUUCAUUAUUAAAUAUUUAGACGAAUUGAAUAUUAAGAAGAACAUCUUAUGUAACAUAUUUUAUCGGUAAAUCAACUUUAUGAAAUGUUGUUUUAUAUAAAACGAACCUAUGAAUAAGGAGCACAAGAUACCCAUUGUUUGGGGUAUUUUUGCUUCUACCAAUAGUUUACUUAGGGGUGCAAAGUUACCCCAUUGUGAGUCAAAUUAAUAGGCCCCGCCAAAAAAGAUAGAUUAUUUUUAUAUUAGCAAUUGAAAAUAUAAAUACAAUUUAGUUUAUCUGAGUAUAUAAAUAAUAACAUAGAAAUAUUAUGUUUGAAAAUAUUAGACGUUAAGUCCUUUUUUUGAACUGGAGCAUAGUUACUCACCAGCGAGCAUAGAAAGACCAUUUUACGGUACUGAACUAAUUUAUAGAGUAGUUGUUAAAUGGCAGUUUAAAUAUCUGUUACAAUAUCAAUACAAAAACUACUUUAGUGCUAGUACAACGGUGCCUCGUAAUAAUUCCGAAACAAAGUGCUCUAUAAUCAAUUAGGUUAGGUAUGAAACUUUUUUAUGGUUAAAUCACAACGACAAUGUCUUAACUCUAUUCAUGUCUUCACCUAAACAAUAUUGCUACAAAUGUCUUUUUUAAUACCAAUAUUAAUUGAAUUUGGACCUUGCGGUUGAAAUUAUUCCAGGAGAUGCAUCGUGAGUUAGUUUACGCAGUCGCUAGCGAAUAUGUCAGUGUCAAUUUCAUUGUAAGGAUACAGGAUAACAGGACACUUAAUUAGUUAUCGGAAACUUGCGGAAGUUCCAACUUCUGGGGCCCAUUUCUCAAACGGUAUUAGUAUUAGUGUAAUAUUAUUAGUGUGUUGCCAUGGUAACCCAUAAGACUUGACAGUUCGUGGACUAAUAUUGAUAGUCUAAUGCAAUGCCGUUUGAGAAAUGGGCUUCUGAUCAUUGCUUAUUAAUAUACUUACAAAUGUUGUUGUUUGCAAUUAAGGUGGUACCCGGUCUAUAAAGGCUGACGCAUCAAGGCAAAUACAUGUUAUAUAUUUCAGUCUCUAAUCAAGGCGAGGCCGAGUAAUAUUACUAUGGUAUCUCUAAAAUAAGCAGUGAAGUAACUUCAACUAGUAACUAGCCAAUUUUAAGAAUUUGAACGAUGACUUGAGUUUUCGAGAACUAAUAUUACUAGCACUUAGUGUUAGCGUAGGUAACACUAUCCCAUUUGUCAGAUGGGCAUGUAGAGCCUAAGGCCGGUGGCAAGCGCCGCUGUUAUAGCAUUAUUACUGUUCAAUUGAAGUGUGGAAUGUAUGUUGUAGAUUAGUAUUGCGUAAAAUCAGCGGUAGCGACAUUGUGCCACUCCGACGGCCGCAUAAAACUAAACCAGUCACAAGAAUUCUAUAUUCCUAUUGUUGUAGGUGACUUAAUGUUAAGUGCGGAGGCCUAAAAGAAACAUUGCUUCAAGGUGGUGCUCGAACAGGCCUAAAUACUGUAGAGUUACUCCUUAUAAUUAUCCCAAAUAGGAGUCAUGUCACAUUGGGACCGUUAAUACAUAGUAUAUUUUUGCAUUAAGACUAUGUUUUAGUUGGCAAUAUUACGUUAACGUUACGACUGAGUUUUAAUAAGUAAAGAGUUUUGUUAGUGAGGUCAUCCUAUAGCUCAUAUCCGUCUAUAUAUCCGUCCGAAUUUUAGUGUCCUGUCCACAUGUUUGCCUUAAUUCAACAAAUGUGUCAUAUUACCAAUGCAGGCUAUAUUAAGUGAAUAAACUUGAUUAAUAUUGUAUCAAGCAGAAACGUCUGCGAACGAUGCUAUUAAGCUUAGAAUAAAUUUACAAGUGGAAAAAUUUACUGUCUUGGGUGAGACUUGAACUUAGAAACUGGAUCGCUAGCCCAUUGUUCUGCCAUCUGAACUACUAAGAGCUCACCCAAGGACAGCAAAUAUUUCCACCAUAUGGGCCUUUUAGGGAGGCACCAUAGCGUCAUCUACCGUAAGAGCGUUGCACUUCUUAAACGGCUACCGGUGUUCCAACUGUUCCAAGUCAUACUGGAAAUUCAGUAACGAUGUCUGCGAACUAUGCUAUUAAGCUUUGAAUAAAUACACAGUAAAUUUUUCCACUUUUAAAUAUAUUCUAAGCUUAACAUUACCUACCUAGCAUUACUUAGAUCAGCCAUGCGCGUGCGCCCGUGAGGGACAGAACAUACGCAAUGCGACAAUAUGAUUGGUCGAUUAGGUUUGUAGCCCACCAUAAACCAUACUUAAAUUACGGUAAGAAAUAAAAAAAGUGAAACUAUGACAAGGACAAACAAUAACAGCGCUUUCUCUGCUACUCCUACUGAAAGAUACAUAAGACUAUCACGUUCAGUCAUUUCCCCCAACCCCUCAUGAACGAUCCAGUUAUACUAGAUUCAUGAAGCUGAAUAAAGUGGAUGUAAUAGGGGACAACAUGACAAUUUAAAGCCAAGCCAAAAGUUUAAAAAAAUGUAUCGAAAGAACACGUGGUCUUUUACAUUAUUCACUUUUUAAUUUGCGUUAAUGAUUGACAUUGUCAUUUUGGCUAUGCACCCCUGCUAAUGAGAAAUAAACGGUGUUAAGUUUUAAUCCUUAUUUUCUGUUGCAAAAUAUAAUAGUUAUUU